AUGGGUGCUGCGAUUUCAGCAGUGUAUGCUAGCAUCUCCGAUGUUGAUGAACAGGAGAGACAGCGAGCAAGACAAGACCUCGAGGUUCUCCAAAGAGCUGUAGAGUACAAAUUGGAUCAAUUCGACUCGAAGAUAACCGAGAUGUUCCUCAAUCCAGAAGCGAUGUCAAGGACUCAGGUGCCUGGACUUCGUGCACUACGCAAGUCGAGAUAUACGAGUGUUGGUGUUAAAGGGACUAAAAUUGUCUCCAGCGCACUGGAGGGUAUCCUGUCAACUACGAGCGCCGGGGAGCACGAAGAGCAGAGAUUUUUCGUUUACGUGCAGUAUAACGCUAUCAUACGCCUAGAUGUUAUGCUUUGGCGCUGGAAUUUCACUGGAAAAGGUUUCAGCGACAAAUACGAGAAUGCUUUUGGUUAUUUAAUAUGUACUUCCGUCGUAGACGUUAGUGCACUGAAGACGGCCGAAUUUGUAUAUUUGAUAAGCGAAUACGCAGGCGAUUCAGAUGAAGAGGUGGUCAAAUAUGUCAAAGCAAUGGAAGACAUUUACAAUCGUAGUCGGAAGUUGAAACAAAGCCAGCAGCGCCUAUCCCAAUUAGAAGAUUAUCAAUAUUAA